UUUUAUCAUGCUUUUGCUAGCAUUAGCAAAAGCCAAGUACAGUAAUUUUAAUCCAUCAAUUUCAUUUGUAUUUAUUAUAUAGACUAAAAUACGCUUUCUCGAAUAUGUCUUUCAGGGUAGUUAGAUCAAGCAAAUUUCGUCACGUGUAUGGAACAGCAUUAAAAAGAGAACAGUGCUAUGAUAAUAUUCGAGUAUCGAAGUCUUCAUGGGACUCUACGUUUUGUGCAGUCAAUCCGAAAUUCCUGGCCAUCAUAGUGGAAUCGGCAGGAGGAGGCGCUUUCAUUGUCCUGCCUCACAAUAAGGUGGGGAGAAUAGCCGCAGACCACCCCCUGGUAGGUGGUCACAAGGGCCCAGUCCUAGACAUCGCCUGGUGUCCUCACAACGACAACAUCAUAGCUUCAGGCUCCGAGGAUUGUGUGGUUAAAGUUUGGCAGAUCCCCGACAGCGGCAUUUCUAGCACAAUCGACUACUGCACACACCGUGGACCUGCCACGUGUCUGGCCAUCAUGGCGUGA